AUGUCGAUGAUUUCUCGAGCUCGCAGUGUCUGCAGACCAGUUGGAUCAGCCUCGAUUUCGUCUAGAUCGUUUUCUACGAUCUGUCAGCUCAGGAAAGAGAUCCCUUUCAAUAAUCUUUCGGAAGAGGAUCAGGCAACUCUUACCGAGGAGCGAGCCACAGACAAUGUCGAUGUGUGUAUCGUGGGUGGAGGUCCAGCUGGGCUCGCCACGGCAAUCAAGUUGAAGCAGUUGGAUAACGAGGAAGGCAGCGGCGACUUGCGCGUCGUUUUAUUAGAGAAGGCGGCUGAUUUCGGUGCACACAUGGUGAGUGGUGCAGUGAUUGAGCCACGUGCUCUCCGGGAACUUUUUCCUGAGCUGGAGCACUAUGACGAGUCCGGAAAUGGCAUCCCAUUGCCUUCCGAUAUCGUCACAUUGGCACUGCAUGACGAGAUCAAGUUCUUGACGGAAAGUUUUGCCUUUGGCUUGCCGGAGCCACCCCAGAUGAAGAACGAGGGGAAAAACUACAUCGUGUCCUUGAACCAAACGGUUCAGUACCUCGCGGAACGGGCCGAAGAAUUGGGCGUGGAGAUGUACCCUGGCAUUUCGGUGAGCGAACUCAUUUUUGGCGAGAACGGCGCAGUAAAAGGGGUGGCCACUAAGGACAUGGGUGUUGGCCGAAACGGCGCUCCCAAACUGUCGUUCGAAAGAGGCAUGGAGUUUCAUGCGAGACAGACGGUGUUGGCGGAGGGAUGCCACGGGUCGCUUUCAAAGAAAGCCAUUGCCAAGUUUGAUUUGCGUGCCAACUCGGAUCCUCAGACCUACGGGUUGGGCAUCAAGGAAGUGUGGCGCGUGCGCGAGGAGAACUUCCAGAGCGGAUUUGUGGGCCAUUCUUUGGGCUUCCCGCUUUCUUUGGAUGUCUAUGGUGGAGGAUUCAUGUACCACUUUGGCGAUGGGCUCGUUGCCGUGGGAUUGGUCGUGGGGCUCGACUACGCCAACCCAUACGUGUCACCGUACCAGGAAUUCCAGAAGAUGAAAACACAUCCGUACUACGCCAGCGUGUUGGAGGGAGGCGAAUGCGUUUCAUAUGCUGCUCGGGCGUUGAAUGAAGGCGGCUACCAGUCGAUUCCGAAAUUGCACUUCCCAGGUGGUCUUUUGGUCGGAUGCUCCGCCGGGUUCAUCAACCUCCCCAAGAUCAAAGGCACGCACACGGCGAUGAAGUCUGGAAUUGUGGCUGCCGAGUCGAUUUUCGGCCACUUGAGAGAGUUGGAGGUUGUGGAUGAGGAAACCGACAUGGAGGCCCAAGUCUUCGACAUGAAGGACUACGAGGAAAGCUUCAAGCAGUCGUGGGCGUACGAGGAGCUCUAUGAGGUGAGAAAUAUCCGGCCUGCGUUCAACGCUUUGCCCGGCCGUCUCGGCUUUUUUAGCGGAAUGGCCCAGUCGGGCCUCACCACCAUGAUCGCCCAGGGCAAAGAAGGCUGGACGCUUUCCACAAGCCACACGGAUGCGGAAGCAACGCAGGACGCGUCCAAUUUCCAGCCCAUCUCGUAUCCAAAGCCCGACGGCAAGCUCACGUUUGAUAUCCUCACCUCCGUGUCAAGAACCGCCACAUACCACCAGGAGGACGAGCCUUGCCACUUGAGAAUUCCUGACCAGGACCACCAGAAACACGCGGCGAUCUCGUGGCCCAAGUACAAGGGUGUCGAGCUGCGGUUCUGCCCAGCAGGCGUCUACGAGUACAUCGAGGACGACAGCGAGCCUUUGGGCGUGAAGUUCAACAUCAACAGCCAGAACUGCAUCCACUGUAAGACGUGUGACAUCAAGGUGCCCACUCAGGACAUUAACUGGGAGGUUCCCGAGGGUGGCGAUGGGCCCAAGUAUUACAUGAGCUGA